CUUAGGCUUGUCGCGCAGCGGAGAUACUGGAGCCUCAGGAUGUGGUACGAAAUCCUCCCCGGUUACGCUAUCAUGACCGCCUGUCUAAUGGUGCCGGGCUUGGCUACCACAUGGAUCCAUCGAUGGACUAACGGGGGCAAGGAGAAGAGAAUUGCUCGCUUUCCAUAUCAGUGGUAUCUCAUGGAGAGAGAUAAAAGAGUUUCUGGGGAAAAAUUGUAUUACAAAUCAAAGGGCUUGGAAAAUAUCGAUUAAACUGUUAAAAAUUUAAUAAAGAAGCUGUGUGGGCAAAAAUGUUACUGUUUCUCUUCACUUAAUUUAAUAAAAUAAAUAUGAAUAAUUUUUUGAGUAUGCA